AACGUCGUCUCUAUAGACUUAUAUAUAUAUAUAUAUAUAUAUAUAUAUGAUAUGAGUGUAUCCGUACAAGCCGGUGUGAAGAAAAGGGUGGUGUCGAGUGCUUACUGAUAGAGAAAACAGAGCAAGUAGAAGGAAAGACCGAGAUCGAAAUGGAAGGAGUUGAAGAGAUGGAGAUUGUAAUAGUCGGAGGUGGCAUCUGUGGGCUCGCCACCGCACUUGCUCUUCACAGAAAGGGUAUUGCAAGUGUAAUCUUGGAAAGAUCAGAGUCUCUGAGAGCAACUGGAGGCGGUAUUGCUGUUCACACUAAUGGCUGGCGUGCCCUUGAGCAGCUGGGUAUUGCUUCAGAGCUCAGACAAACCGCCCUCACUCUUCAAUUCCUAUCGCAAAAAGUUGUCGAACGACCGUCGGUUGAAGUUCAUUGGACCACAGUCGGAAGUCGCGACCACUGCCUGAGUACAUCAGAUCACAGACAGAUCACUCUUGGAUCUCUUAGCCUUAUGGCACGGACCAUAUGGCUUGAUAGUGGGAAGCAACAAGAAUCACCCGUCUCGGAAGGAGAAGCUCGGUGUGUAGAACGGAGUAAAUUAGUUGAAUUGCUGGCAGCUCAUCUGCCGGUUGGCACAAUUCGGUUUGGAUGCCACAUAAUCUCAAUCAAAUUGGACGCACACACUUCAACUCCAAUCCUUGAUAUGCAUGAUGGAAGCAUAAUUAAGGCUAAGAUUGUGAUUGGAUGUGAUGGAGGCAACUCAGUGAUCGGGGAUUUUCUGGAACUAAAGCCCCCGAAGCUUUUAUCUGCAUGUGCGGUGAGAGGCUUUACAAAUUAUCCAAAUGGGCAUGGAUUUGCCCCCGAAUACAUACGCCAAAAAAAGGGUCAAGUCCUGCUUGGAAGAUCUCCUGUUAAUGACACGUUGGUUUUCUGGUUUGUAGUUCCGCAAGUUUACCCUCAAGAUUCAAAUGUUUGGAAAGAUCCAAAGCUUAUUAGACAGUUUGCUUUGGAGUUAACAGAAGGCUUCCCUACAGAGAUGACUGAGAUGAUUAAUGGCAGUGAUGAGAAUUCACUGUCUCUCACACACCUGAGAUAUCGUGAGCCAUGGGACGUACUAUUGGGAAGGUUUCGGAAAGGAAGCGUGACUGUAGCGGGGGAUGCAAUGCAUAUAAUGGGUCCGUUCCUUGGUCAGGGUGGCUCGGCAAGUGUUGAAGAUGCUGUUGUGCUUGCCAGAUGCUUGGCUCCGAAGUUGCGUGAGGUGAACUUGGAAACAAAUGGAAGGGAGAUGACGGUCGUGCAAAAAGUUGGAGAGGCACUGGACGCGUAUGUGAAGGAGAGGAGGAUGAGACUCGUGUGGUUGUCUACACAAACUUAUCUCAUGGGGAAAUUAUUGCUUGAUUCUUCGCUGUUGCCGGUGAAGUUGCUUACUCUCGUCGUCGUGCUUGCUCUCUUUAGAGACCCAGUUGGUCAUAGUCGAUAUGAUUGUGGCCGCCUUUAAGACCUAUGGCUAAUAAAGUUCCAUUUCCAUGGUUUGCUGCUUUAAUAAUGCUAUAAUUGAAAUAAUCCUGUCUGUUUUCCACUUGCUUGGAGUGUGAGUAAACUGUGUUGUGGCCACGAAUAGCAUAACAAUGUAAAAUGUUAAAUUUGAUUUACAUUUAUGCUAAUUUACUUGAAUAACUUUAAGAGAGACUGCUAAUGAGAACACUAAA